AUGUUUAAUUAUAUUUUGAAAAAAUUGGAAAAUCCAAAACGACCCUUGCUGGGCCCUAAUGUUAAAGCAUUACAAUUUUGGGGACUUUUGCUCCCAGAAAACGUAAUCAUGAAAUAUAUUUACAUAUGUCUACAUAUAUCUAUCAUUUACUUUACGGCUACAGAAUACGUGGACAUAUGGUUUAUAAAAUCGGAUAUUAAUUUGAUUUUGGAAAAUCUCAAAAUCACUAUGUUAGCUAGUGUGAGCGUAGUAAAAAUUUCGACCUUUUUGAUUUGGCAAAAGUCUUGGCGGGACAUAAUUGACUAUGUGACAGAAUCAGAUGUAAACCAGCGCAAAACUACUGAUGAAGCUAACUUAACCAUUAUUAAACAAAAUACAAAAUAUUCGCGUAAAAUUACGUACCUUUAUUGGUCACUCAUGUAUACUACGGUAGUAGUCGUUAUAGUUCAGCCUAUCAUGAAAUACGUCUUUUCACAAACAUAUAGAGAUAAUGUGAAGAGUGGAGAAGAAUCUUAUAUACAAGUCGUGAGCUCUUGGGUACCGUUCGAUAAAAGUAACAUGGUUGGAUAUGUGUCUGCGUGUGCCUUCCAAAGCUACGCGGCUAUAUACGGAGGCGGUUGGAUCACUUCAUUUGACACAAACGCAAUAGUGACUAUGGUAUUUUUUAAAGGAGAAUUGCAGCUCUUGAAAAGAGACUCUGCUAAGAUUUUUGGAAUUGAGAACAAUCCUGUAUCACGCGAGGAAGCAGAGAGGAGAUUAAAGGAAUGCCAUAGGAGACAUGCAAACUUAAUCAAAUAUUCGAGUCUUUUUGAUUCCUGUUUGUCGCCGAUUAUGCUUUUCUACAUGUUCGUUUGCUCCGUGAUGCUCUGCGUGACUGCAUAUCAGAUAAGGACUGGAACUAGCAUGAUGCAAACGAUACUACAAGUUGAAUAUCUCGUGUUUGGGGUCUCUCAACUAUUUAUGUAUUGCUGGCACAGUAACGAUGUCAUGCAAACUAGCCAGGAAGUAAUUCACGGCCCUUACGAAAGCAGAUGGUGGUCUAACAAUGCUCUUCGCCAGGACCUCGUUAUAUUACUGGGACAGUUCCGCAAAGAGAUUGUAUUUUCUGCAGGACCUUUCACCAAUCUAACACUACCCACUUUUAUAAAUAUUUUGAAAGGUGCUUACAGCUACUAUACAUUAUUGACCAAGUCACAAAUAGAUGUUUAAUAGUAGAGCGAUUGAUGUAACUAGCUUUGUGUAGUACAUUUUAUUUUAAUGAAUACUUAAAUGAACUACUGUACCUUACCAUUACCACGUUUGACACUGAAAUAGCC